CAGACACACAUACACACACGCCUCCCCCGUGCAGGCUUGCCAAGCGCCUCCGAUGUGCACGAGCUCGGGCUCGCGGGCUUUAAAGCACAGGGCGCCCGCCACUGCCCGCUCGCCCGCCGGCCCCUGGCGUCGCCGGGGCCCUUUGCGGACAGGCGCUCGGCCGGCCCACUCGGGGGUCUGCAAGCUUGCCACGCACGCCUGGCACACGGACGUAUAGGCGAGCCGGGGCUGGCAAGGGUCUCUGCGCCGGGGCACCGCAGCACCCGCUAGCCCGGAGUCUCCAAAGGUGCAGCCUCGUCGCCCAUGAGCCGGUGACCGCCCCCAACCCCCGGGGGAUGGCGAGGCCGUCGAGUGACAGGUCCCCGGCCCCACAGCUGCUGGGCGGCCCGGCGGGAGGCGCGGCGCUGCACGGCCUGCGAAGCCUCCUGCAGGGGCCCGGAAAGACCAAGGAGCCGCCGGCCAGCUGUCUCCUGAAGGAGAAGGAGCGCAAGGCGGCUGCCUGCGGCAGCGAGGAGGUGGGCGGCCUUUUGGGGGUCUCGGGCCGGCCCCGGUCGGGCCCGGGCCCUGGUGCCCUGCUGGCCUCGCUGCUGUGGGAACGGCCUCUGCCCUUCGGCGACGUGGACGACGUGGACCUGGACGCCUUCCUGCUGGAGCACGGGCUUCCGCCCAGCCCCCCGGAUCCCGGGCCUCUGGCUCCCCGAGCAGCCCCCGCCCCUAACGCCGCCGCCGCCGCCCUGUCCUGCUCCUCCGGCUCCUCGUCCCCAGCCCCAUCCAGCUCUUCCUCGCCCGUGCCCACGCCAGCCUCUCCACGGCUGUCCCCGGGGGGACACGUACUGGGACUUAAGGCCCCAGGUGCAGGUGGCUCGGGCUCCCAGCGCGCAGGCCCGGCGUCCAGGGACACCCCUAGUCCAGUGGACCCAGAGUCUGUGGAGGUGCUGAUGACCUUUGAGCCUGACCCUGCUGACCUGGCCCUGUCCAGCGUCCCAGGCCAGGACACUUUCGACCCUCGGAAGCACCGCUUCUCCGAGGAGGAGCUGAAGCCCCAGCCCAUCAUGAAGAAGGCUCGAAAGAUGCAGGUGCCGGAGGAGCAGAAGGAUGAAAAGUACUGGAGCCGGCGCUACAAGAACAACGAGGCGGCCAAGCGCUCUCGGGACGCCAGGCGGCUAAAGGAGAACCAGAUAUCAGUGCGGGCAGCCUUCCUGGAGAAGGAGAAUGCCCUGCUCAGACAGGAGGUUGUAGCAGUUCGGCAGGAGCUCUCCCACUACCGGGCAGUGCUGUCCCGCUACCAGGCCCAGCAUGGGGCCCUCUGAUGCUGUGGCCUCCCCAACACCCCUGAGCCCCAACCCUGGCCGGCCCCACCCCCGGACACUGCCUCCUGGCCCCUACUGGCUGCUAGCUCACAGGCUGGCUUCUCUGUCCCUGCCUCCACCCCCAGGACAUUCUCCUCUGGGGAGGACCCUGGGCUCCUCACCCUGAGUUCUUGGCAUACUGGGACCAGCAGGCUCUUCCCAGGAACACUGCCAGCUGGACCUUGUGUGGUCCUGGGCAGGACUGAGAAGCCAGACCCAGGUGAAGCACCAUAAGAGCGGAGGAUCCCACAGCAGCCCCGAUCCUUUCCCUUGAACGUUUUCCCCAUCUGCCCACUAGUGUGGCCAUGGACCGGACAUCUGGGCUCCUCGAGGGGCUAAGGCCCAGGGAAUGGUAGGGCAAGGUGCUUAGAUGAUGAUAAAUCUAUAUAUAUAUAUAUAUAUAUUUUUUAAGAAAAAGAAGUACAGAUACCUUCUCCUCCCAGCUGAGGGGUAUGGGUGUCAGGGGAGGGGGGGAAGGACUGAGGAGUUGGGGGGGGCCCCCUUCCCAUUUCUUUGCUCCCUGGCCCUCUCCAGUCGAAUAACUACAAUAAACCAUG